AUGCCGAGCGACAAAGCAGCGAGCGCUGCUCGCACGCCGGCAAAGGCCACUCGGCCAGCUGCUGCAGCCUCCUCUUCAGCCAAACAGAAGUCGAUAAUGUCCUUCUUCCAGAAGUCAUCGCCCGUCUCUGCUUCUUCCGCUGCUCGAGAAAAGGUCUCUUCUGAUAACCAACACUCCUCCCCUCUGAAAGAGACCAAAGCCAACUCUCUGCCAAAGAUGAAGGCCUCUGCCACAUUCUCCACCCCAGUGCCCUCCAGCGAUGCCCCAGAACCCACAAGCUCGCAGGAGAAUAUGGAAUCGACCGUCAAGCGGACCAAGGGCAAGGCCUCUGAACCUAGAUCUGUCAAAGACGAAGGGAGUGAGGUAGCUCCCAGCAGUCCCAUCCGAAAGGGGAAGAGGGCUGUCAACUAUGCCGAAUCUUCCGAUGACGAUGAACCCUUUGCCUAUGGAGCGGCUUCACAGACUCGGCGGCGUGGUAGAGCCGCCCGCAACGUUGUCAGAGACGAAGACGAAUACGGUGGAAGUGAUACAGCCGAGCAAGAAGAAGAAGAUGACAUGGACGACUUUGUUGUGUCGGAUGAAUCAGACGGAGAGGCUUCUCGGUCCAAGAAGAGAAAGCGACCUUCGAAGCCUCAAUCGGCACGCAAGCGCACAAACCUUUCGUCUUCUCCCAAGGAAGACGUAGAGCUGAAUACUACAAAUUUCGAUGAUGAUGACAUGGAUUUGGACGAUAUUCCUGCUGGAUCUACAGCCAAGCAAUGGUCUUACAACCCAGACUCUACCGAAAAGCAAGCGGUCGUCAAGCCUACCGAGCGAGUCGCUACCAAAGACCCCAAGGUGAAGGAAAAGGCGUACAUGAAGGAGCCUGACGAGCGUUAUACUUGGCUCGCUAACAUUCGAGACAAAGAAAAGCGCUCGCCCACUGAUCCUGACUAUGACCCACGAACUCUUUACAUCCCUCCCAUCGCGUGGAGUAAGUUUUCACCCUUUGAGAAGCAGUAUUGGGAGAUUAAACAAGAUCUUUGGGACACAAUCGUCUUUUUCAAGAAGGGCAAGUUCUACGAGCUUUAUGAAAAAGACGCAACCAUCGGCCACCAAGAAUUCGAUUUCAAGAUGACUGAUCGAGUCAAUAUGCGUAUGGUCGGUGUCCCAGAGGGCUCACUGGACCACUGGGUCAAUCAGUUCAUCGCUAAGCAGUACAAGGUGGCUCGUGUAGAGCAGAUGGAGACCAACUUGGGCAAAGAGAUGAGAGAACGCCAAGACAAGAGCGGCAAAAAAGCCGACAAAGUCAUUUCUCGAAAGCUUGGUUGUAUCUUGACUGCGGGAACCCUGGUUGAUGGCGGCAUGCUCCAAGACGACAUGGCGGCUUAUUGCGUUGCGAUUAAGGAAUCUGUUGUGGAUGAUUUACCAGCCUUUGGCAUUGCCUUCACAGAUACUGCUACCGGUCGGUUCUAUCUGUCUGGGUUCGUCGACGACGUUGACCGGACCAAGUUUGAAACGCUGGUCGCUCAGAUCGGCCCCCGAGAGCUUUUGUUGGAAAAAUCUGGCUUGGCGACAAAGUCUCUUCGCAUCCUCAAGAACAACACUAGCCCUACCACUAUAUGGACAAACCUAAAGCCAGGUACAGAGUUUUGGGAUGCAGACACUACUAGACGAGAACUCGCUUGUGCAAAAUACUUUGUUAGGGAAGAGGACGAAGAAGAUAUUUGGCCAGAAGCACUCCAGGAACUCAAAGAUGACGACCUUGUCAUGUCUGCCAUUGGUGGUCUUGUAUCCUAUCUUCGAUUCCUCAAGUUGGAAGGCCCGCUGUUGUCGCAAGGCAACUUUGAGAUUUACAACCCUAUCCAAAAGAACAGCACACUUGUUUUGGACGGCCAGACACUGACCAACCUCGAACUAUUCGCAAACACUGUUAACGGCAAUACCGAUGGCACCUUGUUUGGUCUACUUAAUAAGUGCAUAACACCUUUCGGCAAACGUCUGUUCCGCCAGUGGGUUGCUCAUCCGCUGUGUGAUAUUGAUCGCAUCAACGAGCGUUUGGACGCCGUUGAGUUGUUGAACGACGAUCCCUCCGUCCGCGAGCAGUUUGCUUCCCAGUUGGUCAAGAUGCCCGACCUUGAGCGACUUAUUUCACGCAUCCACGCCGGCGCUUGCAAACCUGAAGAUUUUGUCCGGGUUCUCGAGGGUUUCGAGCAAAUCGAAUAUACUAUGACUCUUGUUGGUGCCUUCAAAGGUGGAAACGGUCUAAUUGAUAGGCUCAUUUCGUCAAUGCCUAACCUUGAGGAACCCCUAGCAUACUGGAGCACGGCAUUUGAUCGUCAGAAAGCAAAGGAAGAGAAACUUAUGAUCCCAGAGAGUGGUGUCGAUGAAGACUUUGACGCCAGUGUGGCCCGGAUUGAGGAGGUGAAGAAUCAGCUAAAUGAUUUGUUGGCUGAGAAAAAGGCCGAGCUCAAAUGCAAGACGCUCAAGUUUACAGAUAUUGGCAAGGAAAUCUAUCAAAUAGAAGCGCCGAAGAGCGUCAAGAUCCCAUCCAGCUGGCGUCAAAUGUCUGCAACCAAGGACGUUAAGCGAUGGUACUUUACUGAGCUCACCGGCCUUGUUCGAGAACUCCAGGAAGCUGAGGAAACGCACUCCCAGCUUAUUCGGGAGGUUGCGUCGCGCUUCUGCAAGAAAUUCGACGUUGACUACGAGACUUGGCUGAAAGCUAUCAAAAUCAUUGCCCAACUUGACUGUCUACUCGGUGGUGACCAGGCUAAGAUUAACCUUCUUACCGGUGCCAACGCAGCUGGUAAGUCUACGGUUCUCAGAAUGUCCUGCAUUGCCGUCAUCAUGGCCCAAGUUGGUUGUUUCGUCCCAGCCAAGUCGGCUCGUCUCACUCCCGUUGAUCGCAUCAUGUCACGCUUGGGAGCCAACGACAAUAUUUUCGCUGCGCAAUCCACCUUCUUCGUGGAACUUUCUGAAACAAAGAAGAUCCUCGCCGAGGCUACUCCUCGCUCCCUCGUCAUUCUUGAUGAGCUAGGCCGAGGAACAAGCUCAUACGACGGCGUAGCUGUCGCUCAAGCUGUGCUGCAUCAUGUGGCGACUCACAUUGGUUGUAUCGGCUUCUUUGCGACGCAUUAUCAUUCUCUUGCUACCGAGUUUGAGAAUCAUCCAGAGAUUCGCGCUCGCCGCAUGCAGAUUCACGUUGACGAUGAAGAACGCCGGAUUACCUUCUUGUACAAGCUUGAGGAUGGUGUUGCGGAAGGCAGUUUCGGCAUGCACUGUGCCGCCAUGUGUGGCAUCUCAGACCGCGUCAUUAAGAGAGCUGAGAUAGCUGCAAAGGAAUGGGAGCAUACCAGCCGUUUGAAGGACAGCUUGGACAAGGCCAAGACAGGAUGCUACAUUCCCCUGGGCAUUCUCAGCGAUGUCGGUUCUUUGCUCGGGAAUAAAGGUGAUGUCGGUGCGAAGGGGGUUGAGGUUUUGCUUAAAGCCAUUGAAAGCCUGUGA